GGGACUUGGGUGCAGCCAAUCAGCCAGGGAGGAGCGAAAAGGCGGGAAAAAGAGGAACCAAAAGAAGGCUGAGCCGGUGACCGCAAGCGGGAGGAAAGAACAGGUGGAAGGAGGAGCCGGCCUUCAGGUGACGCUCGCGGAUCCUGCGAGUAGCCCUUCUUCCUCAGGCAGUGUCAUCCCCAAGCCCCAGCACUCCCAUUCCACCGUUACCAGCGACUUGGUCUCCUCAUUCUGUGGGGACUGCUUGCUGCGGAGCAGCUGAAGCUGGGUGGGCCUGCAGCACACUGACAGUGGCACCCCGCACUCGUGUCCCCGCAUCCUCGGGCCGAGGCAGAACAGCAGCCGCCAUGCGCCUCCCUUCAAGCCUGCAGGACCUGGCCAACAGCGAAGUUGUGCGCUUCCUGCGGAGGCCAAAGAGCAUCACACGGAUCCUCUCAGGGGUCUUCUCCCUGAUCAUCUUCUCUUCCCUGCUGACUGAUGGCUACCAGAACACGACAAACUCUUCCCAGCUCCACUGCGUCUUCAACAGCAACCACAUGGCCUGCAGCUUCACUGUAAUUGCUGGCACCCUCGCCUUCUUGACCAGCAUGGGCUUCCUUGCCCUGGAUGCCCACGAGGCCUGGAUAGUCAGCCCCCAACUCAAGAUGGUCUUCCGGCUCCUGGACAUCAUCCUGGCAGCCCUCUGGGCAGUCACCUGGUUCCUGGGUUUCUGCUUUCUGGUCAACCAGUGGCACCAUUCGUCACCCAAAGAGCUCCUUGUGGGGAGUGGCAGCGCCAAGGCAGCCAUCACCUUUACUUUCUUCUCCAUCUUUGCCUGGAUAUUCCAGGCCUACCUGGCAUUCCAGGACCUCCGCAGCGACAUCCCAGUCCCCUACAAGCGCUCCCUGGAUGAGAGUGGCAUCAUGCUGACCUCCCUCUCUCCGCUGUCCACCUCCAGCUCAGUGAACUUGGCCACCUCUGGCCCCAGCAGCUUGACGUACUCCAGCUCUGUCCUGUCCCCCAGUGUGACUGCCCCGAAGGGCCCGCGCCUGGCCAUGAUGCCUGACAGCUGAAUGCCCUUGUC